ACAUUGCUCUAUGCUACUACUGCCUUGAACACACGCCUAGGCCACGGAAAAGCCAGAAAGGUUGUCUGGAGCGACCAGAUUGCUGUUGUGACGGGAGGAGCAGGGGGAUUGGGAUGGUUGGUUGCGAGGCUUUUGCAACUCAAAGGUGCAGAAGUGGUGGUGUGGGAUAUCAAAGCUCAUGAAGAGUGGAACGAAGACGAUGACGAUGAGGGAAUCAAGUGGUAUAAAGUUGAUGUGGGCGAUGCCGAGGAAGUGGAUGCCGCUUACAAGAAAGUGCAGAAUGAUCUCGGAACCCCCACAAUCCUCAUCAACAACGCCGGCAUCGUAAACGGAAAACCCCUCCUCUCCCUCUCUUCCGCCCAAAUCUCUCGCUGCUUUUCCAUAAACACGCUUUCCCAUUUCCACGCCUGUCGCUCGUUUCUACCUGGCAUGCUUGCUUCUCCUUCCGGCGGUACAAUCGUCACUGUAUCAUCUGUGCUGGGACAUCUAGGUGCUUCACAUCUCACAGAUUACACAGCUUCCAAAGCCGCACUUCUCGCUUUCCACACCUCUUUACGUGCUGAGAUUAAGCAGAUGGCUGGCAAUAAAACCGACUACCCAGGUGCGGAAAACACAAAGACGAUACUGGUCAAGCCUGGCCAGUUGAGCACGGCAAUGUUUUCGACGCUCAAGUCUCCAUCAGACUUUUUUGGCCCAGUGGUGCAAGCGAAAGAUCUGGCAACAGAGAUUGUGGAGAUGGUUGAGGAUGGUAGAGAUGGUGUUUUGUGCAUGCCGGUAUAUGCGUGGUUGAUUGAGUGGUUGGGUGUGUUGCCUGUGUCGUUACAGAGGGCUGCUAGAUGGAUGAGUGGAGUCGAUGGUGCGAUG